UUUAUAUUAUAAACCUCUCUGACUAGUGGCUCGCUCCGUUGAUACAUCACAUUGCAGUUUCCCAGCAAGGCGAACAUGUGCUCAUGUGAUUAGGGCAAGCACCUAUUGGUGCAUUAUCGAUCUGCAAGUCAUAGCGAGGCUCGGUUGACCCUAUUGAGAGAAAGGGAGCUUGGAUAACCCCGGAUGGCUCCCCGACGUGUGCUUUCUGAUAUGUGUAGGAAUGCGGUGCUUUAUCGUGGAGGGUAUGGGGAAUGCCGAUAUUAAUGGAACUCGGUGUGUGUGGGAAAUCUUUCCGCGUAGUUCACGCAGUACCGAUCAACACGGAAACAGAUUGAAGUCACUUCCGUGAUGGAGCAUGCCGGGAAAUUUUGGGAGCGCGUCAUAGAGACGUCAGUGACGUUGCUAUGGAUCACAUCACAAGGUUGGUGCACGACGACUCCGCGGAUCCCCGACGAACAACGCCUGUACCAGUCCCUCAUGAUGGGAUACGAAAAGUCCGUCCGACCGGUCAUCAACGCAUCUACUAUAUUAAUGGUCAAGUUUGGCCUCAAGCUCAAUCAGAUCGUGGACCUUGAUGAGCGACACCAGGUGCUAACUACGAAUGUUUUCAUAGACCAGGAAUGGGCUGACGAGAAUCUCUAUUGGGACCCCGUCGUCUUCAACAGUAUCCGUUCCCUUCGGAUUCCCGCCAGAAAUGUGUGGCUUCCCGAUACCUUUAUCUACAACAAUGCGGACGACGGAUCGACCGGAUUCAUGCAGGGGACGUAUAUACUGGUCAACUACAACGGAACAGUCAAGUGGCCGGUACCGGUCAAGUUAAAGAGCUCGUGCAAGGUGGACAUCACAUAUUUCCCGUUUGACGACCAGGAGUGUAUUCUUAGGUUUGGAUCAUGGAUCUACAGUGGUUUAUGGAUGGAUUAUUUCUCAGAGCACAAUGAGACGCCCAUUGACCUUGGUUCCUAUGUUGAUAACAGUGAAUGGGACCUUCUCUCAGUUAAGCUCAAGAAAAAUAUUCGUACCCAUUCUUGUUGUCCAGAUCCACACCCGGAUAUGACGUAUGUUCUUCACAUCCGACGAAAAACAUUCUACUACAUCUUUAAUAUCAUUGUUCCAUGUGUAAUGCUAUCAACAUUGACUUUGCUGACGUUCUGGCUGCCACCUACUUCCGGUGAAAAAAUAACUCUAGGACUGUCGGUGUUCCUGGCCUUCUCCAUGUUCAUGCUCCUGAUUGCUGAGGAAGUGCCCGCCACAUCAGAGGCUGUACCUCUAAUAGGUAUCUACCUCUGUACAGUGAUGACGAUGACGUCACUGUCUGUAAUCAUGGCAGUCAUGGUGAUAAACCUCUACAACAGAGGCAUGAAGACAAGAAGGGCCCCCAAUUGGCUUAGACAUGUCGCACUAAACUGGUUGUCAAGGCCACUCAAGAUGAAACACGAUCUUCAGAAAGUAGCUAAGGCAAUAUCACUGGAAGAUGAACUGGAAGGCGCUUACAGGUGUAAAAAGCACGGGAAACUAGACACGAAAAACAUUCCUAGCAAAUCUAGUCCAGACAAAGAGGACACCGCCAUGUUGGAUAAAGAGACGACGAUCCGAAACAGACGAUAUGACAAAAACGACGUCAUGACGACGUCAUUUGUAGAAGACAAUGAUGAACAGGAGGUGAUAUGGUUACGACGAGAAGACUUUAAAGAAGAGACUGCUGAGUGUUCACGGAAUACGUGGGCGGAUAUACACGAACUUCAACAAAGUAGCAAAGAUAACAAUAACCGCGCGAAAAAUGGCGCACGGACAAAGUCAAGUGGAAAAGCUGCGGCAACUGUUGUGACGCCAGUCUCGCCUGAGGAAUCAAAAUCCACACAGACAGACGGAAAUAUAGGUACAUUCUUAACAGAGUGCCGCAAUCAAAACGAACUGUUCGCGCGCAAACUUAUCGUUGCUGAAUGGCAGCGAAUAGCGGCCGUCACAGACCGGAUCCUCUUCUGGUUCUACUUUCUCAGCACUCUGACGUCAUACAUCGUCAUUCUCAUCGUGGUGCCCAAUUCUAAUUACUCAAGAUGGAACGCAGAGAUCCUUCCCAUGCACACGGUGACGCAAGCAAGCUGAUUGGUCGUGAUGUUUAAAUGCCUAUGACGUCCAUUCUGCCUCAUAUGGAAAUGUGUAUUUGUGAAUAUUUAUCCAAUUUCAAUAUUACUCCAUUUUUAACAUUUGUCGUGCCAAUAUUAAUACAUAGCGUGUAUGAGUAAUAACAUUCCUACUGGCCCGAUAGCUACCAUUACAUCCUCUUCAUGUCCUAUAUACUUUAUCAUAGCAAAGACGUAAAACAAAGCUGACGUGUCAUUUAAUCAUGGGGCCAUGCUACCAAUUUUGAAUAACAAGUCCAAAGCAUGGCUCGCUUGACUACGGGUAUCGGGGCAAUCGGAUAUCGAGCGCCGCAGUUAUGAAGCCACUUAGCAAUGGCAAUCAAAAUCAUGAAAGUCUACAGAGCUUGGCAUUAUUUAUAACAUUGUUUUAUACAUUUGGUAAUGGAAACUCAAUCAUUUUGAGAAUAUGAUAGAAAUGUGUGUACUGAAAAAAGUUUGCAAUGGAGCAUAUGGACGAUGGAUAUUUUCUUCAUCAACCUAUUCAAAUAAGGAAUGUUUUGGAACGUUUGUACAUAGCCGUUCCGGUCUAAUAUCAAUAUCACCAUUCAGUAUAAAGACAUUUUCAAUGCUCUGAUUGGCCGUUGCGUUCACGCUGACGUCAUUAUAGCAACAAGUAUAUGAUGUCAUGUCCUGUUAUUGCUAUCAAAAUCAAUAUCACUUGAUAUAUAUUAAGAAAUGAAAAUUAAAAGUUUCAUUUGAAAGGAUAUUUCCUUAAGCUUAAUACACUUAAGGAUCCCCGACCCUACAGUGACAUCUCUCUUAAUUGCGAUUUGAAUAAAACUGUAGCACGGGUGGACUAGAGCUCUUCCAUUGGCCAGGUAGCUCAUUCUGUAGAGCGGUAGUAUAACAAAUUCAGGGUUCGAAUCCUGGACUAGCCCGCUGAUUGUUUAUGUUCCUAACUAUGUUGUUGAUUAUAUUUCAUUUUUAUUGUUUUGCCACAAAAGACCCUCAACCUAUGUUUUCUUUUCAGAAAUAAUUUAUCAAAGCUACAAUCAUGCUUGAAAAAAUGUGUAGUUUGGUAGUGGUACGGGAUUUUUGGUAGUGGUACGUGGAUCCUCAAAUGAGAAUGUCUGCAAGCAUGCAAGUACAACACAAUUAUCGUGAUGUAGUGAAUGUUACUAGCAGUAUUGCGUGAGACAGGGAGUAACUAUACCCACUGCACCCAUCCCUGGGUUUUCACAUCCCUGUCACUAACGAUUAUUUAUGUUUAAUUUAAGUUGUUCGAAUUCUGAAUCAAUGCCAAUGUUUAAAUCACGAGAAAUGCGUGGCACCCACGUGCGACUAUCAUAUGUUAAGUCUUCGCUUGGUUUAUAGAUAGUGUUUCAUAUGGAAACUGAUUGAAGCUCCUGUGUAUAUAUGUACAUAUAGUAAAACUGAAACUGUUCAAUGCGAAGUUGAUUGUCCGCGCAAGAUAGAUCCGUCAGACUCCCGCACGCGAGAUAAACAUUAAGUACGUCAACGAUUCCGAUAACAUAGCAAUAAUACGGUCCUGCUUACGUUGUAUGUAAAUCAGAUUGCUAUCAGACAUUCAGUCUGCUAUACUUCACUUGUACAGUUAGACGUAGAUAUAUUUACAUGUUCGUAACAACGUAGAAUUUGUUAGGAUGCUGAAUAACAUUUCAUUUCAUUUCCUACUGAAAAUCAACAAUAUUGUCUUUCUCAUUUUUCCAUGUAUGGAAUGUCAAAACAAUUCAGAUGUCUUUUGUGAGUGAGACCUUCAGAUGUUUUUUUGAAUGAACGUGUUACCUUUCUUAAAUUUCCCUUUUUUCCAUCUCGAAAAAAAUCUUUAUUUCAUAUUUCAUGUUUCAUGAAUACAAAUUAUGAAUCUUGGACAUAGAAUUUGUUUUGGAAUAAUGUAAUUGUUAUUAAGAGGAUUAUGUACUUUUGGUACAAAUAAACGAAACUGUAAAUCAUUCUUCGGGAUUAAAUAAUUAGAAAAAUGAAAGAAAUACGCCCAAUUCCAAUAAAUAUAUAAUACUUUUUCA